CAUUCCAAGUCAUGAAGCUUGCAUUGAGAGAGAGAGAGAACAAUAAAUAGGAUUCCUUUGCUCAUUGUUGCAUAACUUGAAAAAAUGGCAUAUUAUCAGAAUGUUUGGCUGAUAUUUUGCUUCAUAUCAGUUCUUGAACUUCAAUCCUGUCUUAGUACUCAAAGAGAUGAUCAGCCCUACAGAACUGCAUAUCACUUCCAACCUCCCAAGAAUUGGAUGAAUGAUCCUAAUGGGCCAAUGAUAUACAAAGGAAACUACCACUUAUUCUACCAAUACAAUCCUGAAGGGGCUGUGUGGGGAAACAUAGCUUGGGGGCAUUCCACAUCAAAGGAUCUCAUCAACUGGACGCCUCACCCAGCGGCAAUCUCCCCGGACACCCCAUCUGACAUCAAAGGAUGCUGGUCGGGCUCAGCCACGAUCCUUUCAAAUGGCAAACCAGUCAUUGUCUACACAGGUAACAGUUCACAGAACCAGCAGUUACAGAAUCUAGCAAUGCCAAAGAAUCUCUCUGAUCCAAACCUCAUAGAGUGGAUCAAGCCAUCAUAUAAUCCUCUUAUGGCACCAACACAGCAGAACAUGAUCAAUGCCUACUCGUUUAGGGACCCCACCACGGCCUGGUUAGGCCGUGAUGGGCGGUGGAGAUUGAUAGUUGGGAACAAGAUUGGCCGGAGAGGGAGAGCACUUCUGUUUAGAAGUAGAGAUUUUGUUCACUGGACUCAAGCUAAGCACCCGUUGUACUCAAAGAGGGGUACCGGCAUGUGGGAAUGCCCGGAUUUCUAUCCUGUCUCGACUAGAGGCGAGGAUGGAGUUGACACAUCCAAGGUAGGGAAAGGGGUCAAGCAUGUGCUGAAAGCUAGCAUAAAUGAUGGACUAUUCGACUCUUAUGCUAUUGGGACUUACAAUCUUGGGAGGGAUGUGUUUGUCCCGGAGAAAGGGUCGUUGAGGCUCGACUCGAAGAUGAGAUAUGAUCAUGGAAAGUUCUACGCUUCAAAGACCUUCUUUGAUAGCUCAACAAAGAGGAGGGUCUUGUGGGGUUGGAUCAAUGAAUCCACAGAUGCUGCCAUUGAUAAAAGCAAGGGCUGGUCUGGCCUUCAGGCAAUUCCUAGAAAGAUCUGGCUUCACAAAUCAGGAAACCAAUUGGUGCAAUGGCCAGUUAAAGAAAUUGAAAAGUUGAGAAAAGGUAAAGUGAUCUCUUCUGCCAAAGAGCUCAGAGGAGGAUCAGUUCUUGACAUAUCAGGAGUGACAGCCUCUCAGGCUGAUGUGGAGAUUUCAUUUGAGAUCUCUACAUUCAAGAAUGUAGAGGUGCUGGAGCCAAGCUUGACUGAUCCACAAGAAAUUUGUAGUCAUGGAUCAAGCAAAGGUGGGGUGGGACCAUUUGGUCUACUAGUAUUGGCUUCAAAGGAUAUUCAAGAACACACAGCAGUUUACUUCAGAGUUUUCAAAGCCAAAACCAGAUAUGUUGUUCUCAUGUGCAGUGACCAAAGCAGGUCUUCGUUGAACCUAGAUUACGAUAAGCCCAUGUAUGGAGCUUUCGUUGAUGUGGAUCCUGUGAAGGAAAAAUUGUCACUGAGAACUUUGAUUGAUCGUUCGAUUGUGGAAAGUUUUGGUGGGGAGGGGAAGGCUUGCAUCACAGCUAGAGUUUAUCCCUCACUGGCCAUUGAUGGAGGAGCACAUUUGUAUGCCUUCAACAACGGGACUGACAGCGUUAAGAUCUCGAAACUGGCUGCCUGGAGCAUGAAGGCAGCUCAAGUCAAUUGAUGGAAUAACAAGCAAAGAUGGUGAUGUAUCAUUACUCCACUCUAUUUUAUCCAUCCAUAAAUGAAUGCACUUUAGCUUCUUCACUGUUACAGACGAAUCAAUAAGAUUUUGAUGGUAUAAAAUGAGUAGUACUUUUUUCUGUA